AUGGAGAAUAACAAGAAAGACGGAAAAGAUAGAAAAGCUUUUGUAAGUCAAACAUACUUUAAACUAAUUUACUAUUCUGAGUUAUAUUCUUCAAACUAUGAGAAUAGAAUAAAACUUUAUGAUAAGAUAUUAUCCGAAAAUACGGAACUUACUUCAGAAGAAAAACAAUCUUGUCAAGAUAGAGCUUUAAGAAACACUGAGAGAGAGAAAGAAUUGUUUAAAAGAGGCAAUCCAAUAGAAUGUAGUUAUUGCAGGUUAACAAGAUAUUCAACUCGCUACUGUGAAAAUUGUAUUAUAAAAUAUUUAAAAAGCUUCUUUGGAACUUGGUCAUCUGGAU